AUGGCCGCCGGCGCGUGGCCGGCGGCCGCCUCAGCGGCGCGCGCGGCCGUGCGCACGCUCGGGCGCUUCAUCCCCCGCACCUACACCCACUCCACCACCACCGCCGCCGCCGCCUCCUCUCCGGCGCACACCCUCGACGACUACAACCGCCUCCUGUCCGCCCUGGCGCGGGACGGGGACGGCGACGGCGCGCUGCGCGUGCUCCGCCUCAUGCGCCAAUCCCCCACGCCCGCCGCCUGCGCGCCCACGGCCGCCUCCUACGUCUCCGCCAUGUCGGCGCUCUCCAAGGCCGGGCGCCCCGCCGACGCGGCCGCGCUCUUCGACGACAUGCUCGCGCACGGCGUGGCCCCGGACCGCGCCGCCUUCUCCCUCCUCCUCCACAUCUACUCCUCCCACCUGGCCCUCCCCUCCGCGGCCCACUCCGUCCUCCUCUGGAUGACCCGCCUCGGCCUCCCGCCCUCCCCCAUCGACUACGCCGACCUCGUCUUCUCCUUCUGCCGCGCGGAACGCCUCCCGGACGCGCUCCAGGUGCUCGACGAAAUGCGCGCGCUCGGCUACCCGCUCACCACGCACGUCUACGCGCCCAUCCUCCAGGCCCACUGCAACAACAACGACAUCCAAUCCGCCGAGGCGCUCAUCGCUUCCAUGCGCCUCUCGGGGUGCCACCCGGACGUCGUCAUCCACAACAUCUACGUCCACGGCCUGUGCAAGGCGGGGGACUUCGACGCCGUGGAGCGAGCCAUCGAGGAGAGCAGCUUCAACGGGUGGGCGCCGGACGCGGUCACGUACAGCACCUACAUCGCGGGGCUCUGCCGGCACGGCCACGUCAACGACGCGUUCCGGCAGCUCGAGACCAUGGUGUCCAAGGGGCUGCAGCUCACGGUGGUCGGGCUCAACAUCCUGCUGGACCACGCCGCGCAGGAGCUAGACAUGGCCGUGGGCAACGAGGUGCUGGAGCGGUGCGAGGAGCUGGGCUUCGAGGUCGACGUCGUCACCUACAACACGGCCAUGGACCAUUUCGGCAGGGAGAUGCAGUGGCUGCGCGUCCUCAAGCUGUUCGCGGACCUGCUCAAGAAGCCGAUAACACCUGACGCGCACACGUACAACAUCCUGAUCUCGGGCCUGUGCCGGGCCGGCAAGUUCCGGCUCGCCAAGUUCGUCUUCGGCUGCAGGGGGUUUGUGGCGGACACCGUCACCUGUAACAUCCUCAUCCAUGAGUUCUACGGGGCUGGAAGGGAGGACGAGCUUGGUUUUCUGUUCUCUGAUAUCAAUGCGGCGAAGAUUGUCCCGGAUACGAUCACGUACAAUACGCUGGUCGAUUGCCUCUGUAGGUCUGGGAGGAGGUCCCAGGCCGCCAAUUUGGUCAGGCACAUCGAUGAAGGAUACCCUGCGGAGCCUGUAGCGCACCUCACAUAUUGGCUGGUCAGGAGUGGGCAUGUUCCAGAGGCCUUGAGGCUUUUUGAUGACAUAGUAGCGCAAGGAGUUGCUUUGGAUGGAAGGGUUUUCGCUAAUGUGAUCAAGGCGUUUUGCAGAAAGGGUCCAGUGGAUUGCGCUGACAUGACACAGCUGUGUUCUGUGUUGGAUAGGAUGCUUGGGAUUGGGUGAUCUCCUCUUAGUCUUGCAUAGAUUGGUUGGCCUCAUUUUUGAAGUUGUACUGUUGUAUUAGUUUGUAGGAAACAGCAAUCGAAAGUUAAACACCUGUUUGGUUUUUCUC